UAGUCGUUGUUUCGGCUGUUUUUGGCCUUAUCUUACAAGGCUCUUUGAUUCAGAGUCUAUGGAAAUCAAUGGAAAUCAUCCAGAGGCUGAUUAUGAUACCACAAAAUUCCAUCAGAUCGUAGUUACGGAUCCCCAAACCAGCUCAUCAUGUACUUUUACAAUUCCAAAACGAUACACCAACCUUAGAUUUCUUAGUGCGGGUGCCCAAGGAACUGUCGUAUCUGCGGAUGAUACGGUGGCAGGAAACCCAGUUGCAAUCAAGAAAAUGCAGCAGCCAUUCGUGAUGACAAUGAGUGCUCGCCGAGCUUACAGAGAGUUUGUCCUACUAACCACCAUUAAGCAUCCAAAUAUAAUUCAACUUCUUAACGCCUUCACACCUCAGAAUGAGCUUAGCAGGUUUCGAGAAGUCUACCUGGUGAUGGAAUUGAUGAGUCACAAUCUCCAUCAGGUGAUAAACAAACUUCGACUAGAUCACAAGACUCUUUCCUUCUUCGUAUAUCAGAUGCUUUGCGCUAUCAAGCAUCUUCACAACUCAGGAGUUAUACAUAGGGAUCUGAAACCGUCCAACAUCGUUGUGAACGACAGGUGCAUCCUAAAAGUACUGGAUUUUGGCUUGGCCAGGAAAAAAACGGUUGACACAGCUAUGCGUAUGAGCGACUACGUUGUUACACGAUAUUAUCGUGCUCCAGAAGUGAUUCUUGGACUGCCAUACUCAGAAAAAGUAGACAUUUGGUCAGUCGGCUGCAUAUUUGCUGAAAUGAUCAAUCAUCGUGUGCUGUUUCCUGGAUUAGAUAGAGUGGAUCAGUGGACAAAAAUUAUCCAAGUGAUGGGAACACCAAGCGAAGAAUUCAUUUCAAAACUUGGCAGCAGUGCAUCUGUGUAUGUGCGCUCGCUUCCACGUCAGACUGGAAAACCUAUCGAAGAAAUAGCUCCAGAUGUGAACUUCCUGAAGAAUACGGAGAACGUCCGAGCUCAUUUAACAGCGGAAUCUGGCCGUGAUUUGUUGUCAAAAAUGCUGGUUAUCAACCCAGACUAUCGCUAUUCUGUCGAGGAGGCAUUGAACCAUCCGUAUGUGAAACUAUGGUUCCGGGAUGAUGAAGUAAACGCCCCUCAAUCUGAGAAUCGCUAUAGAGAAGAAGUUGACUUUGCUGAGAAACAGUUAGCCGAGUGGAAAGCGCUCAUAUUCGAAGAGGUGAAACAGUACGAACAACAUCACGACAUUUUCCAGUCAUGAAAGGAUGUGAUCGGCUACUGCCCUCUCCCUACUAUUUUGUCAUGACAAAGUCUAAUCAAAAACGGGAUCUUACAUUAGCUACCACAAAAUAUCACCAUAUAGUACUAAAUUGUCUGUUUCUCACUACAAGAAAGGUGACUGCCAUUAGGAUUGUACUCCAACAGGGAAGGCAUCUGUGCCGGGUUCUGUACUUGAGGCGGGUCUGGUAGGAGAUCCUUGAGUUUAGGUUCAUGCUCCGCCUCUGUUCUCAGAGCUAGUCAUCUCCUUACAGAGCUCUCUAUACAAUUUCUAUGUGUGAUGUGUUGUAUAUCAUGCGCUCAUUGCAAAUGGCAUGUGUUUAUUCAAGUAGAAAAGUGAUCCUGUAAGCGUACAAUAUGAUUAUUGCCUUGUAUGUUUCAAAUUGAUGAAGGUUCAACCUGCGCUGUGCUGACAAUAAGAAGUUUGC